CACAUAUCUCAAAAAUUCAAAUGAAGGGUAAAGAUAAGAAUAGCAUUUCAACCAAAUCGAUUACAUGUAACAUAGUGCUGUUAUCACCCUUUAAAUCUAGGUCACAACAUUUUCUGCUUUGUAUAUGACGUGAUAAAGCCUUAAAAACAAUGCCUAAACUUUUGCUGGUAUUAAUUAUCAUUUUAUUAUUUCGCGCUCGGUUAAAAUGUUUUGCCGAAAAGAUACUGGGCAGGGAAACGGAUGAUUUUGAUUUUGACGGAUUCCCCGGCGCGCAGCACGAGUUUAAAUUUGAAAUUGGUGGCGGGAAACAAGAAUGCUUUUUCCAAAACUUAGCGGCUGGUGGGACACUACAUAUAUCAUUCCAAGUUCUGCGUGGAGGAGAUGGGAAUAUAAUCUUCAUGCUUAUGAAGCCAGACAGAAACACAUUUGACAUUUUAAAAUCAACGGAUCCAAGUCCUAAAGGCUAUUUAGAGUACGGACCCGACACAGAAAGUGCUGAUUAUGCGAUAUGUGUUGACAACACUCAAUCUCGUAUGGCGUCAAAACUCGUGUACAUAUUUAUAGUGACCCAUUUAGAAGAGCACUAUACUUGGUUCACGACAGAGAGGAAGGACAUACGUGAAACAAUGUCAAACGUCACGACAUUAGUGCAAAAAGUUCAGGAAUCCGUUUCAGCGACUGUCGCCCAUCAAGUCGGAAGUAGAAUGCACGUGGUAAGAGACUGGUACCUGGCUAUUGGGAACAACACGUACAUUCAAAGAUGGUCUAUAUGUCAAUGUGUCGUAGUGCUAAUAAGCUCAGCCUGUCAGGUGUUCUUUGUUCGGAGACUUUUUAGAAAUUAUAACACUAAGACACACCCAUAGCCAAGAUCCAUUCUCAUUUAAUUCUAUUUAAUGUGCAUUUAGAUAGUAUCCCUUUCUGUUCAUUAGUGUUCUUAUAUAUACAUAUGCAGUUAUGAUGGGGUUUAUGUCGCAUGGAUGGAUGGAUGGAUGGUUGGAUGGGCCGUCCGCCCUUUCAGACUCUGACAGUACGAAACCCGAUUAUGUCACAUCGAUAUACAUGUUAUGAUUUAAUAUAUAAUUUAGUAUCAUGGUAAUAUGUCACAAAUACUUUUUCUUCCAUUAAAAUGCUAAACAAAUAAUACAAUAAUUUGAAAAGUUGCAUAAAUAAAGUAUAUUUACGCCACUAUGCUCGUUACCAGUAUGCCGUAUAGUAGACAAAAAGAUAUUGUCUCCGA